CUUCUUCCAGUCAGUGACCAACUGCUUUAGCUUGGGUUCUGUUCGCCCCCUCGGGUCCUUUCCAGCCUUCCUCCCGCCACCAGAGCUAGCCCCGCGGUGGCAGGCUGAGGAGGAGCAAAGAAAGGAGGAUUAAAGAGAAGAAAGACCUGGCUGGGUCUAGGUUGUGUCUGCAGUGCCAGAAAGGGAGGUGGUGGCGGCGGCUGCGACCACGGCCGCGCGGGACGUGAGGCCCGAGAGCAGCCGACGGCGGCGGCCGCUGCAGAGCCGCGCUCCGGGGCCGUUAGUCAGCAGAACGCGAGCCCGUGUGGGGAAGCAGGGCCGGCGCGAGGCGAGGCUCGAGAGCGCUAGCCGGCCCCCUCGGUGGCCGCUGUCCUUCCUCGUCCCGGCGCCGGGGGCUGCAGCCCUCGUCCCCCCUCCUCGGCCGCGCCCGCCCGCAGGCCGGGAGAGUUAAGCGGCGGCAGCAACGUGGGUCGCACCUUGUGGAGGACAGCGCGUUGGCAGAGGCUCUCUCCCGCCCCUUUCUUCCCGACGCCUUGGCCGCGGCCCCUCAGGUACAGAAGAUGAAUAAUCUUUCAUUUAGUGAGCUAUGUUGCCUCUUCUGCUGUCCACCUUGCCCUGGGAAAAUUGCUUCAAAAUUAGCAUUUUUGCCACCUGAUCCUACUUACACAUUGAUGUGUGAUGAAAGUGGAAGUCGCUGGACUUUACAUCUGUCAGAACGAGCAGACUGGCAAUAUUCUUCUAGAGAAAAAGAUGCUAUUGAGUGUUUCAUGACUAGAACCAGUAAAGGCAACAGAAUUGCCUGCAUGUUUGUGCGUUGUUCACCCAAUGCCAAAUAUACUUUACUCUUCUCACAUGGAAAUGCUGUUGAUCUCGGUCAGAUGAGCAGCUUUUACAUAGGACUGGGAUCACGGAUUAAUUGUAAUAUAUUCUCAUAUGAUUAUUCUGGAUAUGGCGCAAGUUCUGGGAAACCAACAGAGAAGAACCUCUAUGCAGAUAUCGAAGCUGCUUGGCUUGCUCUUAGGACAAGAUACGGCAUUCGCCCUGAAAAUGUGAUUAUAUAUGGCCAAAGUAUAGGGACAGUACCAUCUGUGGAUCUUGCUGCUCGGUAUGAGAGUGCUGCUGUUAUUCUUCAUUCUCCUUUGACUUCGGGAAUGCGAGUUGCUUUUCCUGAUACCAAGAAGACCUACUGUUUUGAUGCAUUCCCAAACAUUGACAAAAUCUCUAAGAUAACCUCUCCAGUAUUAAUAAUUCAUGGGACUGAAGAUGAAGUCAUUGACUUUUCACAUGGCCUCGCACUGUUUGAGCGUUGCCAAAGACCUGUGGAGCCUCUGUGGGUUGAAGGGGCAGGUCACAAUGAUGUGGAACUUUAUGGACAGUACCUUGAAAGGUUGAAACAGUUUGUGUCACAGGAACUGGUAAAUUUGUAAAAUAUUCUGUAAAUUUGCAUACUGGGGUUUUUUUUUUCUUGCUGAACUGCACUCUUUGGUAAAUAACAUAAAACCUGAAGGUUUUGUUUGCAAAUCAUGUCAGUUGCCUUCAUAAAUGUACAGGUAAUGAUUUGUUAACAGACUUAAUGAAGGUUUUUAUUACCAGAACUAGAAACUGGAAAUAACAGUAUCAUGCAGUCAGGCUGUGUAAUUUAUAUUUUUUCUGUGAAUUUUUUUUUAAACAUCAAAAUGAGUACUGUAUGAAAUUUUAAUUCUAUAAAAUCAAAUGCUGUAAAAGUAUUGCCAAAUGCUUUUGCAUAUCAGAAACAAAUUUAUAGAUAUUUUUAAAACAUCUCAAUGUACUAAAUCUUAUCCAGGUAUACAAAUGUAAUAUUCUUUCAAUAAAAAACUGUAUAUCUAAAAUGAUUCAAGUACUCAUAGUAGAAUAAACUGUAUGAAAACGUGCAAGUUCACUUGAGAUAACCUAAACCCUGUUGUACAGGGAUUGAGGUUUAAACAGUUAUUUUAUUGUAGAAUAUAUUCAAUUUUCUGUAUUUCCUGGUUAUCAUACAUUUUCUCCUUUAAAAAAAAUGAUGUAAGUCUUAAUUUUUAUGCCAUCUAUUAAUUUACCAACUAGUUACCUUGUAAAUGAGAAGUCAUGAUAUCACUGAAUUUUAACUAGUUCUGAUUUAUAGGUUUGGUACUGUGAGGCAACUACUUAAAAUUCUCAUUUUUGUUACUUAAAAGGCAUUUAGAGCUUCAAGAAUGAUUUUGUAUGCAAUGUUGUUUUAAAUUUUGACUAAUCUCAUAGAAUUGCAGUACUCUUCAUUAAAAGAAAAUCUUGAGAGUCCGUUAGAUGUUCUUCAGGACCACAAACAGGCUGGCUAUUUGGUCAUUUUUCACCUUGGCUAUUUUUAAUAGGAUCUAUUGUUUUAGAUUACUAUCUGAGAAUUUCAUGAAUUCACUCCUGGAUACAGGAGAUAAGAGAACAUUUAAUUCAUAACUUUUAUAUUAACCAAUGUAGUAAAAAACAAAGCUCACACACAAAAACUAAGUUGCCUUUCCUUGAAUGAAUCCUGCCUGAAUAAAACAACGAAAGAAAAAUAAAAAUAAAAUUAACGGUAUGUAGUCUAAUUUGUAAAUGAAUGAAUAUUGAAAUAAUACACACUGUGGAUAUAUUUUAAGGCCUUAUGUAGUUUUAAUUGUUCUGCUUGUUCUGUGGUUAUGUCUAAGACUAUAGUAUAUGAUUCUUUUCAAAGUAUAUCAAGUAUUGUGAAUGCUUUGGUUCAGAUGUGUCAGAUUUAACAGUAAAACAACAAAUAUACCACCCAGCUGUGCUUGUUUGCCUUCUUCCAUGCUUCCCACCCCUUACCAUAAGAACUGAAAACAUUCACCAUUCAUCUUUAUAGAACAUAGUUGUGUAGUUUUCUCAAUUUUAUCAUCACUUCUUUUUUUGGAGAGGUUUCUUCUCAAGAUUAUUUUGGAGCCUGUACUAUUCCUUUUUUUGUACAACCUACACCCCAGAGUUUAGCUAAAUGUUUUCUUUGAUUACCUGUUAAAUUUAAAAUAUUGAUCAUACUAAUUCAGUAUUCAUUCAUUCAACAAAUAUUUAUUGAAUGUCUAAAUCAUGUAAUACUCUAUGCCAGAUAAAGGUAGACAUCGACCAUGCCUUCAUAGACUUCACAGUGUAGUGUAACCAAGGAGACAGACACCUUAUUACACAAGUAUGACUAUUUGGAUAAGGGCUGAGGGAGAUUUGUAGCUUAUUAUAACACGUAAAUGGUACUUUGUGGAGGGGAACGUUGGGAGAAGGGCAAGGAAGAGUUUCACAAAGAAGUUAGAUUUGAUACGAACUUUGAAGGAUGACUAAACCUGCUGGCCAAGGGAAAUAAUUGCUGGCUGAAGGGAACAGUAUGUGGAAACCUAGAGGAAGGACAGUGCUUUUGAAGCAUAAAAUGCCUGGCCAGAAGUCAAGGAGGAACAGAUGGCAUAAAGUUGAGGCUGGCAAGUUAUUUAGGGGCACAAUCUUACCUGGUGUCAUAGACCCUGAUUAUUACCCUAGAUACAAUAGAAUGCCAUUGAUAGGAAUAUGAAAUUGCAUUUACUAAGAGUUUAUAGAUGGGAAAAAAACUGGAUAUUUUUAGUUUGCUAGAAAUAACGUGAGCCAGUUAUACUUGGCUGUAAUUUUAGGGUGCAGAAAAAUUCAUCAGGGGCGAUAAUCUCAUACGAAGGGCUAGUCAAACCACAUUUGUAAAUAUUAAUUUCAUUUAAGGAUACAGUGAAAGGAUAUUCACAAAUUAGAGUAAAUCCUGGGAUGUUUUACCGAGUUGGAAAGAGUCCCACAAACUAAAACCCAAAGACCAACUGGAGAAUUACGUAACUAAGGAAUGAUAGCUGUGUUCAAAUAUUUGAGAGGCAUGUACAGUUUACUCUUUUUGACUCAGUACAACUAGGUGAAAGUUCCAAAAUGGCAGGUGAGAGCUCAGUGUAAGAAAGAGCCAAGUUGUUAUUUGUCCAUGACAGGGAUUGCCUCCUUAGGGUUGAAGAGGAUCUUAUCACUGGGGAGAAGCUGAGUAACAUCUAACACAGUGCUGUAGAAGUAGUUCCAGAUUUAAAUGUGAAGUUGAACUAGAUGGGCUAUGUAAUGACCCCUUUAAGAUUUUAUAUUCCAUUUAGAUUUUUCCUACCUUUUCAGAGCAUUGCCUGCCCUGCGGUAUCCGGAAGACAGUAUCAUGUAGAAGAAUUGGCAAGCAGAUCUGGGUUCUCUUCUCACCUGACAUCAAUUAGAUCUGUGGAGUUUCCUCACUGGAAAUGAAGAGAUGGAACUGAUGGACUGACACAAUCCCUUAUGUUUCUAAUGUAGUGAAAAUCUCAACCCCAUUCAUCUGUAACAACUCAUACCAAUUUUUAACCUGGGCUAGAGUAGCCUCAGGUAACUUGCUUGGAUACUUAUCUUUUGUGCAUACCAACAUGGUGUAAUUUGGAUGGUAGCCCUAACCCUGGGGAAGUGGUUGGCAGUGUACAUAGCUCCUGCCGUGUCUUCAAGUAUGUAAAGCAGAAUAAGAACUUCAAUAAAUUGGUUUAUAAUCUA